CCUUGUCAAGGUCACAAAUCUUUAGCCACACCCCCUUAAUGACGUCAUUAAGCCACACCGCAACCCAAUCUGACAUCAGAGCUCUGAGCUCUCAGCAUGGCUCCAAGAAAAAAAGAUUCAACAUUGGAGUUCUAGGUGACACGACAGGGUGCAACAUCCUAGCGGACCUGAGCGUCCACGACGUGGAUCAGCUGGUCUGGCUCACCCAAUCAGAGCGACCGGAGCACAUCUACGUCACCACGCAUGCGCACGAUGCGACGAUGGCGGAGUUCAAGGAGGCGGACGCCAUUGGGGUGAUGAUCAAGUACCCGAGCGGUAUCAUCGCUAGUCUGGACGGGUUCCGGGAGUCUGUCUAUGGAUACGACAUCAGGAUGGAGGAAGUUAGAAUAAAAGAUUAAUAAAUAUUAUAAAAUAUUAUAAAAGUUAUGUAUGAUCCAGGCGAAUAUAGAAUAAAAGAUUGAUAAAUAUUAUAAAAGGUAGGUAUGAACAUGGUGAAUAUAGAAUCAAACAUUAAUAAAUAUCAUAAAAGUUAUGUUUGAACAUGGAAAGUAUAGAAUAAAACAUUAAUAAAUAUUAUAAAAGGUAUGUAUGAACUCGGUGCAUAAAUAAUAAAAGAUGAAUAAAUAUGAUUAAAGGGUAUGUAUGAGCAUGGCGAAUAUACACGUAGAAUAAAAGAUGAUAAGAGUUAUGUAUGAACACAGAGAAUAAAGAAUAAAAGAAAAUAAAAGUCAUGUACAAACUCGAAUAUAAAAUAAAAGAUUAUAAAAGUUGUGUGUGAACUCCACAAAAUAUAAAAUAAAAUAUUGUAAAACUUAUGUCUAAACUUUACAAACAUAAACUAAAGGCUGAAUCCGGUGCAUAACAGAUAAAAGGUCAAAAAGUCAUGUGUGAGCUCCACAAUAUAAAAUAACAGAUUAUAAAAAUUCACUUAUAAACUAGAGAUUUAUAUUUUUAAAAAGAUUAUAAAACGCAUGUAUGAACUCGACUAAUAUAAAAAUAACAGAUUAUAAAAGUUAUGUUUGAACUUACCAAAUAUAAAAUAACAGAUAACAUAAGUUAUGUGGAAGCUUACUAAAUAUGAAACAACAGAUAAUAAAAGUAAGGUUUGAACCGGACACGUACAACUGGCGUUAAUCCUGUAAUGUAAGGUUCUUUGCCACUGCGCAGAGGCAGAAGACGUGAGUUCGAUUCCUGCUCAGGGAAGUCAAAAAAGUACUUAUUUAAAACUAGCUGGGACCCUUUUCGAUGAAAGGAAUGAUCCCUGCAUUAAUUACAACUGAAAGUCAUUGGCCUACUAUAUUUACACUCUAU